AUGGAGCUGAAAAACAGCUUGAAAAUUUUGAUUGAGACGACAUGGGAUUUGCAUGUUAGGAUAAAUGAGAAAAUCAAUAGUAUUAAUGGCUUCAAAUUUUGCAGACAUUGCUCAGAUGUUCAUGGCCAUUACUGUGUGAUUGCAGAUGACACAGUGGAAGACGGGGAGAAAAUGAUUGCCAUCAGGGAUUCACUUCAAGAUCUUUACAACAUUCUUAUUUACUUGCAGCGAAUGGAGUCUUGCCAAAAGACACAUAGAGAUGCAGCUCUAGCCAGUUUGGAAGAAAGUAGACAGCUUCUGAUUGAAAGAGUAAAUCUAUGCAAGAAAAAAGCUAGUUAUAAACUUGAUGUUCUUGAAGAACUAACAGCAUUUUUUGGCAAUGGAAAAACUGAAUUCACUUGGAAUUUCAAAGAGAAAAAGAUUGAACAACACAAGAUUAUGAAGAAGGUUUCCAGUUUUCUUGUUAAUACUACAAGAAUUGGCAUAGAAUUGGUUGUGGUAUUUGCUUGUAUUUCCUCGUCAGUUAAAUUUUACAAGAAAAGGCAACAAAUUUAUGAGUCCAGAAGAAAAAUUGUUGCACCUGUGGAUCCAAGAGAAUUCCAUUUGGAUGUAUCAUAUGGGAAGGGGUGA